AUAAUUGUAAAAAUAGAUAAAACUUUGCAAUACAUAAUAUUAUUGAUCAAAAGUACUACAAUUUAUUAUUAUAAAGUAAAAAAUCACCUCAAGAAUUAUCAUAUACCCUUUAAAAGUUUGCAUAGCAUCACAUGAGGUUAGUUUAAUUUUUGGAGUAAGUGAAGUAAAUUAACUUGAUUGUUGAUAUUAUACAUAUCAAGGUCAUUGAUAAUUUAUUUAUUUACAUGAGUUAUUUUUUUCUGUAAAUAAAAAAUUGAUUAGAAAGUAAGGACAUUUAUUAUCAGUAUAAUAAAAAACAAAACCAGCUGAUGAGCAUAAAACUGGUUUAAGGAUUGUUUUAAAAAAAAAAAAUAAUACACUCACAAGUUGAAUUAGCUCUUUUUUUAUCAACAACAACAACAACAACGAGAUAUAUAUUUUCUUGUUUACAUUUGAAAUAAAUAUAUUCAUUCAAAGCUGUUAACGAAAAAAUGGGAAACACAAAAAUAAAACAACACUAUGAAACAGCAAAAAAAACAGGAGUAUUAAAUAUUUCACAAAGAAAAAUGAUGGAAAUUCCAAUGAAUAUGAAAAUGCUUGCUCCAAUUUUACGUACUCUUGAUUUAUCACAUAAUUUAUUUAAAUCAAUUCCUGAAGAAAUUGGAAUAUACAUUAUGUUAAAAAAUAUAAAUUUAAGUAACAAUAAAUUAACAUUAUUACCUGAUGCAAUGGGAGCAUUGAUUAAACUUGAAAUAUUAAAUGCAAGUGUUAAUCAAAUAACAAGUUUACCAGGCUCUUUAUCAAGUUUAAAAAAUUUAAAACAAGUUAAUUUAUCACAAAAUUUAAUUACUGAAUUUCCAUUAAUGUUUUGUGGUUUAACACAUCUUGAUGUUUUGGAUUUAUCAAAAAAUAAAUUAACAAAUGUACCAGAUGGUGUUGAGGGUCUUCAUGUGACUGAAUUAAAUCUAAAUCAAAAUCAAAUAACUCAAUUGUCUGAUAAAUUAGCUGAAUGUCCAAGACUUAAAAAUUUAAGACUUGAAGAAAAUUGUCUUCAAUUAAAUUCAAUACCAAUUAUCAUUUUAAAAGAUUCAAAAAUAUCAAAUAUUGCUGUUGAUGGUAAUUUAUUUGAAAGCAAACAAAUUGCUGAUUUAGAUGGCUACGAAAAAUACAUGGAACGUUAUACAGCUGUUAAAAAAAAAAUGUUUUAAAAAUCAAAUUAACUGUAAGUAUAAAACAAUUAUUAUCAACAGAAAAAAACAACAAUCUUUAAGAUUAAUUAUUAAUUCAUACCUGAAAUAAUUCAUCACAUGAAAUAAUUAUUCCAUAAUUAAUUCACAUUAAACAGCUUAAUUUAUUUUAACAAUGAAAACAUUGAAAAAAAAUUUUUUUAUUUAUCUCUUUUCAAGUUUUUUUAUUUAUAAAAUAUUAUCAAUAAACAAUAUUAUUCAAUGGAAUAUUUUUUUUAAAACUAUUUUGCACAAAAAUCAUUUGAAACUAUUUAUUAAAUAAAUCAAUUAAAAAUACAUUUUUAAUAUUAAUUAAACAAUUAAAAUGUUAAUAAAAUAAAUUUAAAAAUAAUUUCUAUUUCGUCU